GCCAUCGGAAGUGAUCUAAUUCCAGAACCGUUCCAGGAGGCCCGAAAGAGUCGGGGAAUUUCUAUGGAAGAGAUGUCAGGAGAAAGUGUGGUGAGCUCGGCUGUGCCGGCAGCUACAACACGGACCACUUCCUUCAAGGGGUCCAGUCCCAGCUCCAAAUAUGUGAAGUUGAAUGUUGGGGGAGCGCUGUACUACACCACCAUGCAGACCCUAACCAAGCAGGACACCAUGCUGAAGGCCAUGUUCAGUGGCCGUAUGGAGGUCCUUACAGAUAGUGAAGGCUGGAUUUUGAUAGACAGAUGUGGGAAGCACUUUGGGACCAUCCUGAACUACCUGAGGGAUGGGGUCGUCCCUCUACCUGAGAGCAGGAGGGAGACAGAGGAGUUGCUGGCAGAGGCAAAGUAUUACCUGGUGCAGGGGCUUGUGGAUGAGGGUCAGGCGGCAUUACAGAACAAAGAUGCCUAUGAACCAUUCUGUAAAGUUCCAUUGGUUACAUCAUCUAAGGAGGAGCAGAGAUUAAUUUCCACUGCCAAUAAGCCUACAGUCAAACUGCUUUACAACAGGAGCAACAAUAAAUAUUCAUAUACAAGCAACUCUGAUGACAACAUGUUGAAGAACAUUGAGCUUUUUGACAAGUUGUCUCUGAGAUUUAACGGCCGAGUGCUCUUCAUCAAGGAUGUGAUUGGCGAUGAAAUUUGUUGUUGGUCCUUUUACGGCCAGGGCAGGAAGAUCGCAGAGGUGUGUUGCACAUCAAUCGUCUACGCUACUGAGAAGAAGCAGACCAAGGUUGAGUUCCCAGAGGCUCGCAUCUAUGAAGAGACCCUCAACAUCUUGCUUUACGAGUCUCAAGAUGGCCGUGGGCCUGACAAUGCACUGCUGGAGGCCACAGGGGGCGCUGCAGGCCGUUCCCACCAUAUUGAUGAGGAUGAAGAGAGAGAACGUAUUGAAAGGGUGCGGAGGAUCCACAUCAAGCGGCCUGAUGACCGCACUCACCACCACCAGUGACCCUGCAGUUUCACCCCUUUUCAGUGCCUUAACACCCACCAGUGCUUCAGUUGCACCCCUUUAUUUGCACACGGAUACAUCAGUUAAGAGUAAGACUGUUUAUACCGCAUUGAUUCUGCUUCCUUGGAGAGAGAGAAAGAGAGAAAAAGGGAUAUUCCAAGAAUAGCUAGUGUUUAAUACCUCACUAGGUCACAUUGAAGUAUGGAUAUAGCAUUUAGGGCAGCAUGCUUCAGCUGUUUGUGUGGCAAAAGGUUGUGGCAUUGAUGUUUAACGUAUGUUCACUUUGAGGACCUUACUAAAAAGAGUGUGGUUAGAGUGUGUGAACAAACGUGUACAACAGAUGAAUGGUUUUACUGCAUUCCCUGAACAUUUUGCCCUAUUUGCUAUUUUUAGAGCAAAUUCCAAUAAAUAUUUGAUCAGUGAAAUUGCCAUUUAACUGUAGACUUGCAGUUAAUGAGUAGUAUAAUUGAAGUGCUUGCAUUUCCACUUAUUUAGUGUUUCUGUUAUGUCCAUUUUAAUGGUGUGUCAUUAUUUACUGUAUUAUUUCUGUGUGAGUGAAGACUGUAGGAUUACUUGUUGCCUUAUAGGUAGAUACUGUGUUUCCAUGUGUAUUGUUAUAUCUGUUUGAUUUGUGUAGCUUAUGAGUUUAUUCCUUUUUUGUUUUGUUUUUUGCAUUUCUUGCUUUAAAUUGAAGUGUUGAAGCCGGCGACUGCGAUGCAUUCUGAUUUGAGUUUUGCAAAUUGUCUUCAGUCUUGUCUGUGAAGAAGAGGGCAAAAACAAUGUCUUAUUCUCAUAAAUAAAUGCAGAACCUGAUUAAGAACUCCCACAUAAAUAUUUUUACACAUUACAGGAGUGUCAUAUGCAUUUUUUUAAACUGUCCUUAAUUAUUAUUCUUGUGCAAAAUAUUUUGCAAGAUUAAUUUGAUUAAUCUCAAAGGAUUAUUGACUGUACAUGCUGGAUUUUUGAGAGGUCUUAUUAAAUAACAUAUGCAAUGUAGCCAAUAGAGGGCAGUAAGAUGUUAUGGUGUCUACGCUCAUUUAAAUGAGGCACUUCAAUAUAAUCCAAACUCUUGUCACCAUGUUUCUUUCAACUAUUAGGCUAGUUUUAGUAAAAGUGAACGGGAUUGAAUGAUUGAAUGUGAUAGAACUGAAUACAGUGCACUGUAUAUAUUUUCAAUCAAGUUAAUAAUGCUUCUGAAUUUUGAAAGCCAACUGGCAUGGAAAGAAACAUGUAAUCAGAAGUGUUUGUAUGUAUGUGUGUAAUGGGAGUAUGAGAGUUUAAUAAGAGAUCUGACUGCAUCUAAGAAGCUCCAGGAAGUAUAGGAGUAAGAGCUCUCCUCUACUGCGGUGCGUAGUAUCCCAUAUUACUUGUGCUUAAGAGUUUUAUUAAAGGUGUAUUAAACAAUAUAAAAUGAUUAAAUCUGUAUACUGUUUGUACAGAUGUGCACAUCAAAAUGUUUUACAUAGAAUUUAUUUAUACACAUGUUAUCACAAAUAAAGAUUUCUACAAAUUUAGACCAUA